GGCGAGAGAGAGGCGCGAACGUGGCCCGUGCCUCUCCACCGAUAGAUAUCCUUUCAGCCAGCUACGCCGAAACUCGCGUCCAAAGUGGCUAAGAGCGUAAGUCCUCGUCGAGUGCACCAAGAGUGCUCGAGCGGCGGGGAGGUACAGGUACAGGUGCAGCAGGAGAGACGUGCACCGAGGCGCAUGCCUUACCUGGGGCCUGAUAUGACAACCCGGCUGUCCGCCAUGUUUUACACGGUCGAAGUCGGGGACACCAGAUUCACCAUUCUCAAGCGGUACCAGAACCUGAAGCCGAUCGGUUCCGGCGCACAGGGAAUCGUCUGCGCGGCGUACGACACGGUGACCGCGCAGAAUGUGGCGAUCAAGAAGCUCUCCAGACCAUUUCAGAACGUGACGCACGCAAAGAGGGCCUACAGGGAGUUUAAGCUGAUGAAACUGGUCAAUCACAAAAAUAUAAUUGGCCUUUUGAACGCGUUCACGCCGCAGCGAUCGUUGGACGAAUUUCAAGACGUCUACUUGGUGAUGGAACUUAUGGACGCGAAUCUUUGCCAGGUGAUCCAGAUGGAUCUGGAUCACGAGCGCAUGUCUUACCUUCUCUAUCAAAUGCUCUGCGGAAUCAAGCACUUACAUUCGGCCGGUAUAAUUCACAGGGAUUUAAAGCCGAGCAAUAUCGUGGUCAAGUCGGACUGCACGUUGAAGAUUCUUGACUUUGGCCUGGCCAGGACCGCCGGUACCACGUUCAUGAUGACGCCGUACGUGGUGACACGGUAUUAUAGAGCGCCAGAGGUGAUUCUGGGGAUGGGAUACAAGGAGAACGUGGACAUUUGGUCGGUCGGAUGUAUCAUGGGCGAGAUGAUUCGGGGCGGUGUACUAUUUCCCGGCACCGAUCACAUCGACCAGUGGAACAAAAUAAUUGAGCAACUCGGAACGCCGGCGCAAGAAUUCAUGCAGCGGCUGCAGCCGACGGUGAGAAAUUACGUGGAGAACAGGCCACGAUAUCCGGGAUAUCCGUUCGACAGGUUAUUUCCGGACGUGUUGUUUCCCUCGGACUCGUCGGAGCACAACAGAUUGAAAGCCAGCCAAGCCAGAGAUCUAUUGUCGCGCAUGCUCGUGAUCGACCCCGAACGACGCAUCUCCGUCGACGACGCUUUGCUGCACAAUUACAUAAACGUGUGGUACGACGAGGGCGAAGUGAACGCUCCUGCACCAGGACCGUACGACCACAGCGUGGACGAGAGGGAGCACACGGUGGACCAGUGGAAGGAGCUGAUCUACCAGGAGGUGAUGGAGUACGAGACGAGUCACAAUCCCGCGACGGUGGCUCAGACGUCCGAGAGCGGCGGCUCCCGGUAGACACGGAGUAAAACAUUGCCAGCAUUCUCCUCGAGGACGAAUCUAGACUGUCCGAUUUAUCGUACACCUGAUACGAUGGGAUGCAAAGAAGGGAAGAAGCGAGAAAUAGAAACCGUUCACGUCCAUGGGAGAGACGUACGUUAAACGAAGCGGCGUUUUCGUUCGAGACGAAGAUGGGAAGACGGGGGGGCGAGGCAGACAAGAGGUUUCUUUUUCCUUUUCCGAAAAGGGAAGAAUUGCGACGAGAGCUUCGCUCCGAAGAUGCCGUCUGAACGCGAGUGUACGAGGCAUAACGAGCGCGCGUUGCGAAAACCUACGCUCCUCUAUCCCCGUAACCAAAGCACACAGACAGUCUUCUUGCUCCUCUUUCCUCCUCCGAGAUAUUCCUCCUCCGUACAGGAAACGCGCAUUCGUUCGCAACGAACGUUCCCCGCUUACACACGAUCGAGCUUAAUAGAAAUUUGCAACGCGUUGUCGAUCGACUUCGCUCAUAGACAAAGAGAGAAAGAGAGAGUGAGAAAGAGAGCGGCCACUUUUCUCGCGUAUUCAUUCGCGACACGGAACUAAAGUCUAUCGCUCCUGCCUGAUGAUACUUUGCGUCCUUUUCGUUUCCUUGCCUGCUAUCCCUCUGUCGUCUUUGCAGCUCCUCCGUUUAUUUUUCGUUUCGUCGUUCGAUGCACGCGAUACCAAGAGACGCGAAAGACGCGAAUACGGUAGAAGAAUUUAUUCUUCGUUGCGCUAUCGAUUCACCGAUGGGCUUCGUUGUUCGAAGACGACCGGUAGCGCAACGAAAGAGAAAAUUUGGUGAACGAUUCGAGUCGUGUUCCGGCAUCGAACGCGUCUAAGUAAGCUGCUUUUGCAAGGAGUGUGACAGAAACGUAUAUCGUAAGAGCGUAAAAUAAGAUGUCGUCGAUCGUAAAAACACAGUUUUGUACGUAAUUCCGAAUGCGUCCGACGUGUACAGGGUGUCUCGUUUAAAAAGAAAAAAAAAAAAGAAAAAAAAGAAAAAAGCUCGAGUGUUCCCUUUUCAGAGUACGAAUUUCAAUUUAUCAGGAUUUACGCGGUUUAAUCGACGAACGAGAUCAUUGUGUAUUUUUAUAUGCGACCACUCCAAACGCGUGCUUUUGUCUCAUCGUUUUCGCGCGCUCGUACGCCACCGAUAUUUUGUAUCGCCAACUUUGUACAAUCGUACCGUUUCUAAAUUAAACGCUUAUCCCCUCGGCAGGCAAGGGGAAGCGUGGCAAAAGUUGCGAACGAGGCGAACGAAACAGCGUCCAGCGAACACGGCUAAGCGGAGGAAUUUACCGAGAGUUAUCGUAGAUAAAAGGUCGUCGAGCAGCAUCGGAUUCGCGAUCGAAUCCAUCAACAUUUCCGAAUGCAUUGACAGUGCAAUGUCGCGGCGAUUAAUCCUCGAGUAUUACGACGACGCGAUUCGCGGUUAUACUUGUCGAAUGUCUUUAGCUAGUUAGUUCCUUAGGUAACUCGUUUUCUUUGUGCAAUCGUGCGAUCGUCGUGCCAUUGCACGACGACGAAUGCCGACGCGAUAUUUAGAUUAUACAUAUAUAAUAUAUAAUAAUAAUAAUAAUAAUAACAACACAACAACACUAAUAAUAAUAAUAAUAAUAAUAAUAAUAUAAUAUAAAUAUACAAAUAUAUAUAUAUAUAUAUAUUAUAUUGUAUACACGAGAAACGCUAUACCGUAUUUCUUGGAUUUCGCUGUCGACUAAUAAAACGGCAAUAAUUGGCGAAGCUAAUGUUUCGACGACGAUCGUUCAUAGCCGUGCGAUCGUGCACGCGAUACACGAACAACAAUACGAUUCGUUUCGGCGUUCCUUCGUUUGCUUGCUCGUCGUUUGAAGAAUCGGUUUCGCCGCGACGCAAUGCGGCGCGGUGUUUCUCGACCGACGACUAGGACGACGACGACUAGGACGACGACGACGACGACGACGACGACGACGCUCCGGCCAGCAGCGACCCUCACAGUUUAACGUUAACGCAUACUUUAGCAGAGGAACCACGAGCGUUGCCUGUUUCUCAAGGAACGUACAUUCUAAGGUUAAGCUCGAACAAGUGGAAUGCGCGUUAUUCCAAAACGACGUGUUUCUGGCAAUAUCUGUACAGUAGUCGAACCGUGUUGCGAGAUUGAUUGGGGUUUUUUGCUUUUUGACGACGAUGACGACUUAGACGAAAGAUUACGACUACGACUACGACUACACAGGUGAUUAUUAUUAUUAUUAUUGUGUUUUAUUUGUUUAUUAUUUUAUUAUAAUAAUUAUUAUUAUUAUUCUGUUCAUUAUUAUUAUUAUUAAUAUUAUUGAACAUUAUAGAACAUACCGUAUUUAUUACGAUUCGUAACGAAUCGAGUUGUCGACGAUCGAGAAGACGAUGAACAAUUGUAAUGUAAACGUUGAAUUUUUAUUUUCCAACGACGAUAGUUAUGUGAAUAUAUUGCUACAGUCCGAUCCAAAUAAUCAAGCUUUUGUAACACUAAUUAUAAUAAAGUAACGGUGAUACUGCUAAUCGCGUAAUUGUAUGGCACACGGUAAUUCGGAUACGAGGUGCGUGUGUGCGUUGAUGAAUGCAUGCAUGCAUGCGUGCGUGGGUGGGCUUCCGUGUGCUUUCCAACUGAAGAGUCUUUAGAAACUCGCGCGAGAUCAUUCGUCGACCGUCUUGUUCUUUUCUUUUCUUCCUUUUAUGUCCGGUCGCGACGACGCAAAGUCGUUCGAGCUCUCCUCGGCUUAAGCUUUUCUCGCCGUUUCUCCACGCUUUUCCGCCAAGUUGGUCGCGUUAUUGUAUCGAAACGAGUAUUGGUAAUUUCGUCCAAUCGGCAGCGAUCUCCUUCUUCUCGUUAAUUCGCUUCCUGUAGAGAUAUUUGGAUUGGGAACGGGAUUGCCAGGUUUCAGGAGAGAGAGCUUUCAGACACGGUCGCGCAUCGGCCUCGAGGCUUUUCUCGCUAAAGUAGAACGAAAGUUAACUCGCGUAUCCUUCAUUUCAUCCUACCCGAAUCUAACCGAUAUACAUAGUAGUACCAAUAACGAUAGUUAACGAUUACGAUAAUAAUAACGAUACGAUAUCAAUAGCGGUAGACUUAACGAUGAUAACGCGAUAGGCGAUUAUAAUAAUUUGCGCGAUCGUACACACGCAUAGAAAAAGGAGCCUGUUUCCAUAGAUCGCAGACGAGAACGAAUCGCAAGCUCUUAACGCGCGAUAUCGACAGUGAGACGACAGUAAACGAACAAUGUUGAAUUACAGUAACAGCCGACAACGGGAAAUUGUAAUAACUAACGAUAAUAAUAGUAAUAAUAAUAAUAAUAACAACAACAAUAAUAAUAAUAAUCUAAUGGUAACGAUAAUGAUAAUAAUAAAUAAAUAAUAAUAAUGUUAACGCUAAUAGUAAUAUUAUAACAUUGAUAUUGUGGAGAGCGGCGACGCUAACGAUACUACUUGAUAUUGUCGGUCACGGUUAAAUUAUUUAAUAAGGUAAUAUCGAUAUCGCGUGUGUCCAUUGCCUGUCGUGAGAGGAAAACGAAGCAUAAGUGGAAGAAAGAAAAAAAAAAAAAAAAAAAUCUAAAAAAC